AUUACUCAGUCGCCUCCUUAUUUCAUAGUUGCUCGUUGAGAGUAUUCGUAUCAGCCCCUCACCAACCCACUCGACGGAGUCUCCAACGCCUUCUUCUUCCACCAACCUCUGAUUCAGAUCUCCAACGCUGAGAUGAUGCAGAGCUCCGCCGUUUUUUCCCUAUCUCCGUCACUCCCUCUCCUGAAACCACGGCGUCUCUCUCUUCGCCAAUCCGUAACGGCUUCUUCCUCUUCCAACUUCCACGAUCUCAACGUCUCUCCACUAAAUGUCGUCUCUAUUCCUUCUUUAUCUCACCGAUCUUGGCGUCUCGCCUCAUCUGAUUCGCCGCUUCGUGCUUGGUCCGGUGUUCCUUCGAUCUCCCCUUCUCUCCAUAUGAACCGUUUCAAAACCGCCGCUACUGCAGUUCCCGAAAGCGCUGACGAAGGAGAACAGAGUGGAAAACUGACGAAGAUUCUAGAGCUUGGCUUAUUGUUUGCGUUUUGGUACCUUUUCAAUAUUUACUUCAACAUCUACAAUAAACAGGUUUUGAAAGCUCUACACGCCCCAAUGACUGUCACUUUGGUUCAGUUUGCUGUCGGUAGUGUGCUCAUUACCUUCAUGUGGGCUCUUAACCUGUAUAAGAGACCGAAGAUCAGUGGUGCUCAGCUAGCGGCCAUCUUACCACUUGCAGUUGUGCACACACUUGGUAAUCUGUUUACUAACAUGAGCCUCGGGAAAGUUUCCGUUUCGUUUACUCACACCAUUAAAGCCAUGGAGCCUUUCUUCUCUGUUGUGUUGUCUGCUAUGUUUCUCGGGGAGGUGCCCACUCCAUGGGUCAUCGGUUCCAUCAUACCAAUCGUUGGUGGAGUUGCACUUGCUUCCGUGACAGAGGUCUCAUUCAACUGGGCUGGAUUUUUGAGUGCAAUGGCUUCAAACUUGACUAACCAAUCCCGUAAUGUGCUGAGUAAAAAAGUCAUGGUAAAGAAAGACGAUUCUUUGGACAACAUCACCCUCUUCUCUAUAAUAACAUUGAUGUCUCUCUUCCUGAUGGCUCCUGUGACUUUCUUCUCCGAAGGAAUCAAGUUCACUCCUUCAUACAUCCAAUCAGCUGGUGUGAAUGUUCAACAAAUCUAUACAAAGUCUCUUAUUGCUGCACUCUGCUUCCACGCGUACCAGCAGGUAUCGUACAUGAUACUGGCAAGAGUAUCACCGGUUACACAUUCUGUAGGAAACUGUGUGAAGCGUGUCGUGGUUAUCGUGAGCUCUGUCAUCUUCUUCAAGACACCGGUCUCGCCUGUUAAUGCUUUUGGAACCGGGAUCGCUCUAGCGGGAGUCUUCUUAUACUCGAGAGUGAAGCGAAUCAAGCCAAAGCCUAAGACUGCUUAAGCAAUUAUCUGCUAGUGCCUAAUGCCAUCACACCCGCUCUGGAUUUAUAUAUAAUACAAUUUUCUUAAGCUGAAGUUUUUCACAUAGAUGGUUUUAUUCUUUUGCGGGUUCUUGAUACGUUUCAUCUAUUUCUCAGUUUUUCAUCGCAGCCACCUCUUAGCAUUUAAUAUGAGUUGGUUAUUCUCUUUCCGUUA